AUGUUAUUUGAUAAGACUCCCUUGUAUCAAUCAGUAGAUAUUUUACUGAAAACUUUUGUACGUUUAACUCCAGCUGAUGCCUAUGAAAUUCUUAGAGCUACAAGCUUAAACAAUCUAUUGAGAUUUGUUAUAAAUUGGUUAAAGCGAGAAACAAUUAAUGAGGACAAAUGUUCAAAAUCUGAAAAAACCGGUUUAGCUCCAGUCCCUUCGACACUUCUUAAUGGUAAUGGUGUGAAAAGAAGUAUUUUUCUCAAGAAACCAAUUUCACAAGAAUUAAAUCAAAUACAAUUAGCCAUUAAAGAUUCUGGAAUGCCGACAUCAAUACAUAAAAUGAUUAUGAAUGAAUUUAAAAGACUUUGUGUUAUGAGUACUAGCAAUUCUGAUUAUUCUGUAUCUAUAGAUUAUAUCAGUUAUGUUGCCAAUUUACCAUGGAACAAACGUACAAAUGAAACUUUAGAUCUGGAAAAAGCUAAAAGUGUAUUGAAAUCAAACCAUUAUGGCAUGGAAAAGGUGAAAAAUAGAAUACUGCAAUUCAUUGCUGUAAAGAUAUUGAACCCAGAUCGACGAGGACCUAUACUUUGUUUUAUUGGGCCACCUGGUGUUGGCAAGACAUCUAUCGCUAAAGCUAUUGCCAGUUCGUUAAAUCGAACUUUUAAAAGAAUAUCAUUAGGUGGUAUAAACCACUAUUCAGAUAUUAAAGGACACAGAAGGACAUAUGUCGGAGCUAUGCCUGGUUGUAUAAUUCAAGCAUAUAAAGGUACAAGCGGUGAUCCUGCUGCCGCAUUAUUAGAAGUUAUAGAUCCUGAACAAAAUAGCUCAUUUGUUGAUUCAUAUGUUAACUUGCCCUUUGAUGUCAGUCAAGUGAUGUUCAUUUCAACAGCCAAUAAUGCUGCUAAUAUACCACAGACAUUGCGUGAUCGAAUGGAAAUAAUUUAUUUGGAAGGAUACACACAAGUAUAUCAUGUUAACAAAGAGAAAUAG